AUGGUUCCAGUCGAAGAGCGAGAGAUUCGCAUCCGAUUCAAUGCGGAUACGAGCGCCACCAUGCAGUGGUCCUUUAAACCCCAGCAACGGGAGGUCACGGUGGUUCCGGGUGAAACUGCGCUAGCGUUUUUCACCGCCAAAAAUCCAACCAAUCAACCUAUCAUCGGCAUCUCCACGUACAACGUUGUCCCUUAUGACGCGGGCGUCUAUUUCAACAAAAUCCAAUGUUUUUGCUUUGAGGAGCAGCGACUCAAUCCCGGGGAGGAGGUGGAUAUGCCCGUCUUCUUCUACAUUGAUCCCGAAUUCGCAGAGGACCCCAGCAUGUACAAGGUCCGUGAUAUCACCCUUUCGUACACAUUUUUUCAAGCCCGCAACACGGAACAGAUUGAAUCUAUGGACGAUGAAUGA